GCGGGGCGGCAGGGAGGAGGUGGCGGCGGCGGCGGCGGAGGAGGAGGAGGUGGCGGCGGCAGUGCGCUGUUCCGGGGGCUGCUAGCUGAGGUCCUGCGGCCCGGGGGUGCCGCGCUGCCGCCCUUCCUGCACCGCCUCUUUAACAUGGCCAACUGGGCGAACAGCGAGUUCGCAGCCACGGUCUCCGACCUGUCCGACCCGCGCUCCCGUCGCCCGCUGUCGGAGCAGCAGCAGCAGUACCGCAAGGCCGCCCUCAUGUUCGAGCUGGGCGCGGGGCUGCUGCGGCUGCUGGAGGCGGUGGCGGGGCGGGUGCCGGCGGCCUUCCUGCAGCCCGACUCGCCGCAGGCAGCACUCAACCUCAACAGGCUGCUGGAGGUGGUGUCCUUCGUCCUCUCGCACUUCACGGAGGGCAGCGACGCCCGCCGCCUCACCCAGCUCCUCACACCGCCGCUGCAAGACGGAACAACACCUGCCGCUGCCGCUGCUGCCCCCACCGCAGCUGCACCGCCGCCGCCCCCCGCACCUCCCGCCGCUGAACCCCCGCACCCUGCCGCAGCGGGGCCCCCUGCCCCCCCUGCUCGGCCCCCCGCUCCCCCGGCCGGCCCCAUGAGCAGCACGGUUCGCAUCGAGCGCAGUCUGCUGGCCGACAAGGUGCACCGGGCGCAUGUGCUGGCACCCGUGGUGGGGGCGCUGCUGGGGCUGUGGCGAGCGGCGGACAGCGGAGCAGCAGCAGCGUCGACAACAACGACAACAACAACAACAGCGGGAGGAGGAGGAGGCCUGAUGGGGCAGCAGCAGCAGCAACAGGAGAGCGGGGAGGGUGGCCAGGAGUCCCCCUCCCCCCCGGGCCGCCAGGUGCUGCUGGGUGCACUGUUGCGGCACUGGGACGCGCACACGGAGAAGCAGAUGGCCUACCUGCGGGGCCUGGACUGGCGGGGGGCGCUGCAGGGGGCGGAGCUGGGGGCGCUGGAAGCAGGUGUACGGGAUUUCUCGGAGCUGCUGGCGGCUGCUGCCGCAGUGCGGCGGCAGCAAACAGCAGCAUCCGGCGGGGGUGGCGGUGCUGCAGGCGGAGGAGCCGCGGAGGGCGGCGCAGCUGGUGCUGGUGGUGGCGGUGUCGGCGGCUCCGCCGCAGGGUGCGAGGACGUCCCCGAGGAGCUGCUGGACCCCAUCACCUCCGCCCUCAUGACCGACCCCGUGGUACUGCCCGACUCGCAGGUCACUGUGGACCGCGCCACCAUCGAGCGGCACUUCCUGAACAGCCAGACGGACCCCUUCUCGCGGACGCCGCUCACGAGGGAGGCGCUGCGGCCUAACGAGGAACUCAAGCGCAAAAUCCAGGACUGGCUGAAGAGUAGGCGUGGGGCGUGAUGGCUGUUUGGGAAAAGAAGUUUUGGUGGCAGCGUAUUGUAUUCAUGUUGAAGAAUUGUGAGGAUUCUAAGUUUUGUGCACGGCGUAUUACAGCUUUCAGGAUGAUUAAAUGAAUGAAGGCGUUACGUCGUGUAUGGCAUGUCGGCAGCCUGCAAGCGCUACAUGCGUUUGAGCCAUUUAAUGCGGUGUGACGCAGCAGUCAGCUGUGUUUUUAUGCGACAUGCGUUAUAUUAAAAGUGGUAUGCGGAAUUGAGCGGAUUGACGGUGUUUAUGGGGCUUGUCGUAUCGGGCAACUGGAUCUAGGCAUGGUAAAUGCACUAGCGCUGUAGUGCUUGCAAAGGUGUGUCCCUGACCUCUGGGAUGCUACUAGCCUCUGUGUAAUCCCAUAGGAUACCUACACCUUGCUUGGGUCAUAGAGUUGUAGUAAUCUUGCUGAGCAUCGGCAGCACAGCUCCGACAGGAUGCAGGUGCUGAAGAGCAAGCAGCUUCUGGGAGAGGCUGGGGCUGCACGGGUUGCGCCGCGCCGGCAUGUUUCCGUCCGGCCCAUAACGCAUAUGCAAGCUGCGCCGAGGCUCCCUCCUGACACUCCGAAGGAGAGGGGCGCAGAGGGUGGCCGCGAGUGGCUUGGCACUAUUCUUUCUCGCUUCGGUCCUGUCAAGGACAAGUCACAGAACACGGCUGUGCUGGAGUUUGAGAAGCCCUUGCUUGAGCUGGAUAAGCGCAUCAAGGAGGUUCGUAAAGUCGCUGAGGAGAAUGGCGUUGAUGUCACCGCCUCUAUUGCUGAGCUGGAGACCCGCGCACGCCAGCUGCGGAAAGAGACUUACAGCCGCCUGACGCCAGUUCAGCGCCUGCAAGUUGCUCGUCAUCCCAACCGGCCAACCUGCUUGGAUAUUAUUCUGAACAUUACCGAUAAGUUUGUGGAGCUACACGGCGACCGCGCGGGCCUCGAUGACCCGGCCAUCGUGUGCGGUAUCGGCAGCAUUAACGGCACUCCCUUCAUGAUGAUUGGACACCAGAAGGGUCGCAACACGAAGGAGAACAUCCGCCGCAACUUCGGCAUGCCGCAGCCCAACGGCUACCGCAAGGCGCUGCGCUUCAUGCGCCACGCGGACAAGUUCGGGCUGCCCAUCAUCACCUUCGUGGACACCCCGGGGGCCUACGCGGGCAAGACGGCGGAGGAGCUGGGACAGGGUGAGGCCAUUGCGGUCAACCUGCGUGAGAUGUUCGGGCUCCGUGUGCCCAUCAUCUCGGUGGUGAUUGGCGAGGGCGGCUCGGGCGGCGCGCUGGCCAUCGGGUGCGCCAACCGCAACCUGAUCAUGGAGAACUCGGUCUACUACGUGGCCAGUCCGGAGGCGUGCGCGGCCAUUCUGUGGAAGAGCAGGGCGGCAGCGGGAGAGGCCACUGAGGCCCUCCGCAUCACGGCCCCCGAGCUGGUGAAGUUCGAGGUGAUGGACCACAUCAUCCCGGAGCCGCUGGGCGGGGCGCACGCGGACCCGCUGAGCGCCUUCCCCAUGGUCAAGGAGGCCAUCAUGGAGACGUAUGCGGAGUACGCCGUCAUGACCGAGGAGGAGAUCAAGCUGGACCGCUACGCCAAGUUCCGCAAGCUGGGUCAGUUCCAGGAGUUCGUGGUCAAGGGAGGCGACUGGCGCACCGGGCUGGCGGAGCGGCAAGCGGCUGCCGGCACCACUACCAAGACCGGCGCCUGGGCCUUCAGCGAGGCGGAGGCGCGCUACAUCGAGCAGCAGGCGGACGCGGACGAGCGGUGGGAGAAGCUGAUGGCGGAGGGCGCGGAGUGGCUCAACCGGCCCGUGCAGCCGCCGGGGCUGGGGCGCUCGGGCAUCAUGGAUGUGGCUGUGGCAAUGGUGGAGACGCGGCGGCGGAAGCAGCUGCAGAGCGGCAGCUACAUGCCCUCCUCGCUGCUCAACACAGCGGCGUAAGGGGCAGGCAGAGCGGGGUGCAGCGGGCUAGGACAGAGGGACGGUGCAGCGGGCUUGUGGUGGGACGGGAGGAGGUCCGCCGCCGCCGCUGAGGCUAGCGGCGCGGCUGGUACUUGUUCUGUGAUGGAGGGAAGGCGUGGGUCUCCCACCCGCUCUCUCUUCCCCUUCCUCGCGAGCAAAACGAACGAAUGAGAACACAGACACCCAUCUAUGGCUGCCAUGCUGGGUUGGAGUGGCAGCUGGGCGGUGCAGGGGAGCAGGGAUGCUUAGACCCCGGGAGGGGCCAUCAUGAUGGAGGGGGUUCUUUCCAGCGGGGUGGGUAGGAAUGGAGAACCGAAAUGCAGCUUAUAUCUGCGGCCACAGCAGCAACAGCAGCGGUACCUGUUUUGGAAAGGCGUGCAGCCGCCUUGGGGCGCUGCGAGGUUGGGCGUGGCAGAUUUUGUGAAUUGGACUUUGGGAAGGUUUUCGUGUUUGGGAAGGUUUUCGUGUGUCGGAUAGGGC